CCUCUCGCAAUCUACCGGAAAUUGGAGAAUUUUUCCGACCUAUCCUCCUCGUUCCCGUUGCACGAGAAAGCAUAUCUGCUGAAAAACAGGGCCCGUGUCGUCCCAUCCGAAGGAGGCCAGCAUGAAGAUAAAAAGUGCAUGUGUAUCGCUUUCUUCACCUUGGCCCAAUUCACACCUGUCCGCCUAAAUUCCGGCUACAAGUGGCUACAGACUGUCCGCACAUGUGCUCGUCCCGACGACGUCUGA